ACAUAUACAUAUGUACAUACAUACAUUUUUUCUUUUUGUGUCAUUGUGCGUUCCAAAACCAAAAUCACAUUUUUUGCGAUGCAUUUGCAUUGCAAAUUAUAGAUUAAAAAUGUUAUGUUUUUGUGUGGAGAAAAAGGAAUUCGAGCAAUGAUAACAAUGAAUUGAUGUUCAAGUUGCAUAACAAACGUCGUCGGGCUCUGUGUCUGUAUAUGUACGUCGUUGAGCAGUCGCAAUUUCCAGAAAACCUUACACACACACUCACAAGCUCACACUCUACGCCAUCAAAACAGCAGAAAAAGCAGAUUUUUGAGUGGCGUAAAAAGUGUGAACUAUUUGGGAAAAACAAAUCGACAUCGAAUGUGUACGUUGCGUUUUUUCCAUAGCAAAUGUGUUGUGACAGUCGCGACAGACGCGCAGCAUUAGCAGCAGCAGAGGCAGCAGCGUCAGGCACCUUUCCCCUCUCCCGACAACCCACGCCUCAAGCAAUACUAAUACCAAUACCAAUACAAACGCAUCUGUCACAGCCGACAAAGAAAAAAGAGACUCUUCUUCUUCGUACAGUCCCUACGACGACGACAACGACAACAACAACAUUGACAACAUUUGACUCAGCUGCCAAGCAAACAACAAAACAUCUAGAGAAAUUAAAUAGAAGCACAAAAAUUAUAAUAUUGUGCCUGUGUGUUUUUAACUCUUGCAACAACAAGAACAACAACAACUUGCAUGUGAAAUUAACAAAUCUUAAAGAAAAACAAAACCAGAAGAAACGCGCGCGUUAUUGUGUUAGCAAUGAGUCACUCCGCCGGAACGCCCGCAGGCGUCUCAGCCGCCGCCGCAUCCCUAAGUGCGACGACGAGCAACGCAUCCAGCAGCGGCAGCAGCAACAACAACAACAGUGGAAAUGGCAAUGCAACUGGCAGCAAUAACAACAACAAUUUGCCAUUUGAAAAGGAUAAGAUAUGGUACUUUAGUAAUGAUCAACUGGGCAACUCGCCAAGUCGUCGCUGUGGCAUUAAAAGCGAUGAUGAGCUCCACUAUAGACAGAUGACGGCCUAUUUGAUACAGGAGAUGGGACAACGAUUGCAGGUGUCACAGCUGUGCAUAAAUACGGCUAUUGUUUAUAUGCAUCGCUUCUAUGCGUUCCACUCGUUUACACAUUUCCAUCGCAAUUCCAUGGCAUCGGCUAGUUUGUUUCUGGCCGCCAAGGUGGAGGAGCAACCGCGCAAGCUGGAGCAUGUGAUAAGAGCAGCCAACAAGUGCCUGCCGCAAACAACCGAACAGAGCUAUGCAGAUCUCGCCCAGGAGCUUGUCUUUAACGAGAAUGUACUGCUGCAGACGCUCGGCUUUGAUGUGGCCAUCGAUCAUCCGCACACGCAUGUGGUGCGCACGUGCCAGCUGGUCAAAGCAUGCAAGGAUCUGGCGCAAACCUCCUACUUUUUGGCCUCGAACAGCUUGCAUCUUACCUCGAUGUGCCUGCAAUAUAGACCCACGGUGGUUGCCUGCUUUUGCAUUUAUUUGGCCUGCAAAUGGUCGCGUUGGGAGAUUCCACAAUCGACGGAGGGAAAGCAUUGGUUCUACUAUGUCGACAAGAGCGUCUCAUUGGAGCUAUUGAAGCAGCUGACGGAUGAGUUCAUUGCCAUUUACGAGAAGAGUCCGGCACGUCUCAAGUCCAAGCUGAACUCGAUCAAGGCAAUUGCCCAAGGAGCCAGCAAUCGCACAGCCACGAAUAGCAAGGAUAGCAAGCCGAAAGAAGACUGGAAAAUGAGCGAGAUGAUGAAGGGUUAUCAUUCGAACAUCACGGCGCCCCCAGAGCUAAUGAAUGGCAACGACAGUCGAGAUCAGUCACAGGCAGCUCUGCUGCCGCCGCCGGCGAUGGUGCCGCCCCAGCAGCGACGCAGUGAUGGCAGCCAUCCGCGAUCGUCGUCGGUGGGUGCGCCAGGUAACUCAUCCUCCACUACCUCUUCCUCGUCCAAUCAUAAGAUGCCAAAUUAUCCAGGCGGGUUGCCACCAGAGGCACAUGGAGAUCACAAAUCCAAGCAGCCCGGCUACAGCAGUCGUGCUCCAUCGAGCUCAUCAUCGUCGGCGCAGCGUAGUAGCAGCAGCAGCUCUUCCUCAUCCAGCAGCAAUCAGCGGGGCUCCUCGAGCCAGGCAUCUGGACGACCGCCUAUGCCCAUGGACUAUCACAAGUCGUCGCGUGGCAUGCCACCGGUGGGUUUACCACCACAUGGCGCACACAAGAUGUCCACAAGUUCCAAACCGCCGCAGUUACUCGACAGUCGCAGCAGCUCAUCCGCAUCAAAUUCAACAUCCUCCGCGGGCGUCUCAUCCAAAGACCUCAGCAAAUCGAGCAGCAGCAGCAGCAACAAAGUGUAUCCAAAUGCACUGCCGCCGUAUAGCAACAGUGGACCACCGAAUCCACUCAUGUCCCGAGGAGGCUAUCAAGGAAGCAGUGGUGCUGCUGCUCCUGGUGUUGCUGGCAGCAAUGGUGCUCCGGCGCCUUCUGCUGCUUAUGGCAGUCACAGCUCGCAUCGAAAUAAAUCCGUCACAUCAUCCAGCUCAUCGUCAUCCGUCCACAGCAUGCCGCCUUUUGAGCAACAACUGCCCUAUGGUCAAACCCAGAGUGUACCCAGCUAUAACCACAUGCAACAGCAGCAGCAACAACAACAACAGCAGCAGCAGCUGCCACCUCAAGAGGCUCCACCGGCAACAAUGACGUCACAACCGCAACAGCUGAACAAGAACAAUUCCCUGUUCAGUCCCGAGUGGAGUGACAUUAAAAAGGAGCCACACUUUAAUGGACUAUUGCCUCUGCCACCUCCAGGGCCUGCACAUGAGAGUUUGGGUUACAAACUCAACAAUCAUACGCGGGACAGGGACAGUCCAAAGAAGGAGCGUCUCACGCCCACCAAAAAGGAUAAGCAUCGCAACACGUUACCCCACGGCAGCAGCGGAUCGGGCUCGGGAUCUGGAAGUGGAAGUACAGCAAAGCCAAUGCUGCCGCCACAUAAAAAGCAACAUGGAGAUCUGCUGGCAGGGACAAAUCCAAACGAACUUGCGAUCCCAAGUCGCGAGGGUAGCAAUCUGAAACGCGCCAACGAAAUCUCUGGCAGCCAAUAUGGACUCAAUAAACUAGACGAGCAUGAUGGCAGCCUGCCCCGUGACAAGGUGCGCAAGUUGGACAGCAGCGCGGGUCUGCCAGGAUACGCCGGCUACGAAGAGAAGCAUGCGCCGCUAUCCAUGUCCAAUGGAAUUGAGACAACGCCAGAUCUGGUGCGUAGUCUGCUCAAGGAGAGCCUGUGUACAACGAAUGCUUCGCUGCUAAAGCAGGACGCCCUCAUCAUGCCCGGCCUUAAGCCGCCCGCGGAGCUGUUGGAACCGAUGCCACUUGUACCACAAAUGCACAUAAAAAAAGAGCCUCUAAGUGGAUCUGCAAAUCGGGUGGCAGUGUCUACAGGACCGGAGAUGGAUGCACUGACCAAGCUGGGCGAUAUCAAGGUUGAAGAUGGCAGUAUCAAGUCGGAGAAGAAGAAGAAGAAGGACAAGCAUAAACACAAGGAGAAGGACAAGUCCAAGGAUAAGCCAGACAAGGAGGAACGCAAGAAACACAAGAAGGACAAGCAGAAGGAACGCAGCAGCAAGGACACAUCCAUGGACUCGCUCAAGCUGGUCAUCAAGACGAAUACAGCGACAGCAAAUCCCAAUGGCAGCCUACAAGUGGGCGCUGCGGCGCCUCUCAAGCUCAAGAUCAGCAAGAACAAGGGUGAGCCCAAUAACUAUUCAGCAGCUGGCGGAGGAUUGCCGGCGAUGGCAGCAGCACCUGGGUUUGGGUUACCGCCAGCUGUGCAAGCCCCGACGAUUGCAGUUCCAGGUGGUGGUCAGCAGGUGGCUCCGGGAAUGCCUCCAUAUGGUGGGUACAACUCUUCAAGUAACUCGAGUAGCAGCAAGAAGAAGCACAGCGAUCGAGAUCGCGACAAGGAGAGCAAGAAGAGCAAGUCCCAAGACUAUGCCAAGUAUAACGGAGUCUCUGGAGGUGGAGCUGGGGCUGGAGGUGGCGGUGCCUAUGCUCCUUUAGGCGGUGCAGGCACCGCGUCUAUUACGCAAGCCUCACAGGUCUCCAGUCUUUUGGGCCUGCCCACAACAAUGACGACCGCGCCGUCAUCGGCCAACUCCAUGGUGAUGACGCCGGCGAGCCUCGCAGCUGGCAUCGCUCCCCCCUCUGCGCUGCCCAUCUACAACAAGAAAUAGUCGUAGUCAACGUAGCUGUAGUCCACAUCCGACUCCUCCUUUCCUUGUUCUACAAAGCUAUUCCCUUGAACAACAUCGUAUGUAUAAAACAAAAAAGAAACAAACAAAAAUACCCCUAUAAAGCCUACGCUAGUUGUAAUUGAUUGUUGGUGAGAUGCAUUAGUUGUCUAAGUUAUUAUUGAUUCACCUUAGUUAAGCACAAAAAAAAAACACAAAAGAUCCACACAGCAUAAAUGCAAUGUGACAUCCCGAUUGGGUGUUUGUUGAAUAAUCACAAAACUCGACAAAAGGAAACAAAAAUAAGGAAUAAUUAAAAAAAAAACUUCUGUACAGCAUUAAUUAAUUUGUAAUUUAAACAUAUACACACACAUACAUAUACAAUACAAAUACACAGAAUAAUUGUAAACGAAUUAUUGUAACAACAACUCCUUGGAUGAUUGCGACUAAUCAGUUAAUAUAACUGCGCAGCACGGCCGUCUAGAAUAUAAGUUAGUAAAUCAAUUUCCCAUAUAUAUACACACCAAUGCACACACACAGAGAGACACACACAUAUGCAGACUUAUUGGUCUGUUGUUGUAUAUAGCCACAAAAGAAUCAACUUCCGCUUAGCUAAAGAUACGGCCCUAACUAAUGCAAAUCGAAAUUUUGAAACAAAAUAUUCAAUAGCAAAGAUACUGAAGAGAUGUUUUGAAGGGAAGAAGGAGAAGAGAUACGCUUUAAUUAUAAAUUAAAGUGUCAGGCAGACAAUUUACAAAUCACAUGAAAACCAUUAAAAACUACACAUAAAUUAUUUGAACUAAAUAAUAGUGGAAACAAAAUGAACAUCGUUUAAUUGUCGGAAAUUAAUAUUUAGUUAGCAAAGUUUUUCAUUUUACAGAACGCAUUAGUUGUAUUCUUUAUUAUUAUUAUUAUUAUCUGUAAUGAAUUCGUAAUAUACACGUAACUUAUAGUUUUUAUGGAUGAAAACAAAAACAACAAAAUUGUGUUAAAAAAGUAAGUGAAGAGUGGUCGAUCACUUGACGUAGCUUUCAGUUGUUUCUAAUUUUAAUUUAUAUAUAAAUAUAUCAUUAAUAUGAAUAAUGAAUAAUAUUAAUAAAUUGUUGUGCAACAAAAACACGAGUAGACGUUUCCUAAAUUGAACGUCGAAUUCAAGUAAAUACUAAAGAAAAA